AGGAGGAUAACGGGGUUAAGCUGGUGGACCCCAUGGGGGAGAUGGUGACCCCUGCGUGGGAGGGCUAUGCCACCCAGCUGGCCAACGCAGAGCAGGAGGGGCUCCUCACCGCCCUGAAGGACGUAAUCAAGAGAGAGGCCAUCAGCAUGGCCCAGGAGGCCAGCGUGUUUGUGGGUAAAGACACGAGGCCCAGUAGUGAGAGCCUAUCACAGGCAGUACUGGAUGGAGUCCACACCCUGGAAAGCCACAGUAAAGAUUAUGGCUUGGUGACCACACCCCAGCUGCACUACAUGGUGUGCUGUCAGAACACCCAGGGUCGCUAUGGCGACGCCACGGUCAAAGGUUAUUACCAGAAACUCUCCCAGGCUUUCAUCCAGCUCACUAAGAACGUGCCUAACCGUACAGAUGAUCAGAAGGCCCGGCUGGUGGACGGGGCUAAUGGUAUUGGUGCUCUGAAGGUGUGUGAGAUGGAGACCUACCUAAAGAAAGAGCUGCAGCUGUCCCUCUUCAACGACGGCUCCAAGUUGACCUCAACUUGUCUCUUUUCUUUCUAUGUCUGCAUCUCAAUAGAUCCCAAAGGUGUGGAGAUGAGUGUAAGGGAGUGUUGCUGUUCAUAUGAUUGUGAUGCUGAUCGUGUUGUUUAUUACUACUGCGACUCAGCAGGGAGAUUUCACCUGCUAGACGGAGACAAGAUUGCCACCCUCAUCAGCACAUACCUCAAAGAACUGCUUACACAGGCUGGUCUUGACCUACAAAUAGCCGUGGUACAGACGGCGUACGCUAACGGCAGCUCUACACGCUACCUGGAAGACACCAUGAAGGGGAUAGUGAGGUGUACCAAGACCGGAGUGAAACACCUUCACCAUGCAGCCCAGGAGUUUGACAUUGGUGUUUACUUCGAGGCCAACGGCCACGGGACUGUCUUGUUCAGUAAAGAAGCAGAAGAGAAGAUCCAGCCGCUAGCCCGGGACUCCAACACCAACGACGAGAGGAGAAACGCUACACUGCUACUGCAGAACACGGUCAACCUCAUAAAACAGACAGUAGGAGAUGCUAUCUCUGACAUGCUGCUGAUUGAGGCGGUGUUAGCCAUCAGAGGGAUGACGGUACAACAAUGGGACGCCAUCUACACAGACCUGCCCAACAGACAGCUCAAAGUCAAGGUGGCAGACCGGCGUGUGAUUGACACUACAGAUGCAGAGAGGAGAACAGUGAGUCCAGCAGGUCUGCAGGAGGCCAUAGACAGUCUGGUGAAUAAGCACAGACAGGCACGCUCCUUUGUCCGCCCCUCGGGUACUGAGGAUGUGGUCCGAGUGUACACUGAGGCAGACACACAGGAGAGUGCUGAUGCCCUGGCACAUGAAGUUAGCCUGGCAGUGUACCGCCUCGCAGGAGGAGUGGGAGAGGAGCCCAAACAUUUAUAAACAGGCAUUAUGCAAUGUCUGUCGAACACAUUUUGUUUUCAUGCAUCUAAUGACAACUUCCUCAACCCAUGAUUCUAUGACAAAUUUGUAGUCUUUAUCAGGUGCCAAAUAAUUGUGCAAUGUGCACUGCAUUUAAUACUGUGUUAUCACUUUUCUAUGAGUCUGAACAAUUUGAUUUGUCAAUGUGAAUGAAAGGGAAUCACUGUAUUGGACAAUGAAGGGGGAAUAUGCUAAAUAAGGUUAGACUUGUAAUCCUCUUCUUUUUUUACCCAACCUUAAUCCUGUCAAUGUCGGGGUAAUUAUGUACAUGUUUACAUUAGCAGUUAUUGUAGAUCAAUUUUCUAUUACUGUUUAUAGUGGAGUAAUUACACUGCUUUGAAUGGACCUCAACUAGAAAGACUGUGCUGCUAUGUAAUUGUUGAACACCAGGAGUAAAAAUAGGAAACUUGACAUCAAAUUUGUUCAACUUUUCUUUUUUUUUACCUA